CUCUAGAAAAGUAAAAUCAGUGGCACCAUGUCCGUCCUAACACGAUUCUCGAGCACCCUCGGCAGCCGGGCAGCCAUCGCAGGCACCCAGACCGCGCUCCGUCGCUUUGCUGCCACGCACGCAGCGUACGCGCCAAACCCAGAGCGACAGAUCGGCGACUACCCUGACUUUGCCCCAUCCAGCGCCCAGCUCAAGGAUCCCUCGCUCUACGAGGAUGCCCAGGAGCGCCGCAACCUGAAGGAUACUCUGCACGAGAACGACGAGCUCUACACUGUAUGGGUUGUCGACGAAAAGUCGCCUGUUAGCCGCUCCACUGCGCUGAAGCACCUUUUGAUCAUGGCUGGGUUGCUGACCGGUUUGUAUGGGCUUGCAAAGCUCUACGACGCGCCUUCGCGAAAGCCAACGACACAACGGGAACUCCCCUUCCACGAGCCCAACGGCUUUGCAAAGCAGCAGUAGAAAAAAAAUCCCACUGUGUCAAUUCUGUGUUUUUUGUUGUUUGUGCAUUGUUUCGAUGUCAGGGAUUGUCGUCCCAAUAUCAAAAUCGUGCUGUUGACUUGCGUUUACACGA